CCGUCGCCCAGCAACCACCGCCCGGGACCCACAGCCUCUGGGCCCGUCCUAACUCUGCAAAAGGCAUCUAUCUGAAAGGCUCCCAUUGAGUUAUUCUUUCUCGGAUUUUGUUGUAUUUUACUGCCGCUAGUAGUUAUCGUUUGGUUUCCAUUCCUCAUCCUGGACCUUCGACGAAGCCUGUGGUGCUGUGCAGCCACUGAUUGAUGCCGGACGGUUGUCAUUCUAGAUGGGAGGCAUGAAUGUGGCCUUCUAGCCAAUAAACCACAUUUAUUGUGUACCUUCUCGACGUAAACUUACCUUGAUUCUGCUGGAAAACGUCGUUAUUUUUAGGGGGAGAAUGAAGCCAGCAAAUCAAAGGGUGGGUAAGAAACAAAAGAAGGAAGUUGAGCAAUCUCCAAAAGAUACAUUUAAUUCACUUAUUAUUGAGAGCAAGAAUGUACAGACAGUGGUACUUAUGUUGGAUUCUCCAGAGGAUGACAUUUUGCUUAAAGCCUGUGAAGCUAUGUACAAAUUUGCUGAGAAAGGGGAUGAAAACAAGCUGACUCUCCUCACACUUGGAGCGAUUCCAAAACUGACUAGAUUAAUAGCUCAUGAAGAUAAGCAAAUCCACAAGUAUGCCACAAUGACAAUUGGAGUGAUGGCUACUCAUAGUGAAGUUCGAAAAUCACUGAGGCAACUAGAUUUCCUACCAUCAAUUAUCGCAUGUCUAGCUCCAGAUGAAGAUGUUGUUGUUCAGGAGCUUGCUACAUUGUGCCUAGCCUCCAUGUCCAUCGAUUACACCAGUAAAAUAGAAAUUUUCGAAAAAGGUGGGUUGGGACCACUCGUUAGUCUUCUUUCAAGCCCUGAUCCAGAUGUUCAGAAGAACUCCAUUGAGUGCAUCUCAAAUUUAAUUCAGGAAGUUCUGGUUCGUGCUGCAUUUACUGAAAUGACUGGAAUUAUUCCUCUGUUGGAUCUAUUGAGCUCUGAAUACCCUGUCAUUCAGCACUUGACAUUGCAGACCCUGAUAACCAUGUCCAGGGAUUCGGACAGCAGAACGGCACUGUUUCAGAAUGAAGGCCAUGAAAACUUCCUACGAGUUCUUGACAACCCGGAAUUUACUGAUCUUCAUGCAGACAUUUUGCAAGUGCUGGCAAAUUGUCUGGAAGAGCCAGAUAACGUAAUGUAUAUCCGUCAAUCGGGAGCCCUGGAAAAGUUUUUAUUAUUUGUCACUUCAUCCAUUCAUCCAGAGGCCCAGAAGCAUGCAGUUAAAGCAAUAGCACGAUCAGCUCUUAACCGUGAAAUUAGGCAGAUUUUACAUCAAGAGGGUGUGGAAAAAGCAUUGGAGUUACUUUUGGAAGUUAACAAUGAUGAAAUCAGAGCUGCAGCUGCUGAAGCCAUAUCAGUCAUGUGUGAAGAUGAAGCUAGCAAAGAAUCUUUCAGAGCCCACGGUAUUUUUCGCCUGGUUCCAAUGCUGAUGAGUGACAAUGAGGAACUGAGAGAAGCUGUUAAUGUAGCUGUAGCAAAUCUGACAACUGAUAAUUCCAACAAUAUUGAUGCCGUUUUUGACACCAAAGGAGUGGAGCCAUUGGUGAAAUCACUGCAUGAUUCAAACGAUACUAUUGUUGCCAGUGCUGCUACUACAAUUACUAAUCUAGCUCUACAGGAACAUAUACGUGGCAGUAUUCUGAGUCAUGGGGCCAUGACAAUGAUUGUGGAACCACUGAGGUCAAACAAUACCCUAGUGCAGAGCAAGGCUGCACUCGUUGUGGCUUCACUGGCAUGUGACGUGAAUGGAAGAACAGAGCUGAGAAAUGCUGGUGGAUUGGAACCACUUGUUGAACUAUUACAUUCGGAUAAUAAUGAAGUGAGACGCAAUGCUUGUUGGGCUGUUCUUGUCUGCGGGAAAGAUGAGCCAACAACACAUGAACUUUGUAAACUUGGGGCACUGGAAAUUCUGCAAGAAAUAAAUCAGUCUUCAAGUCGCCGGAAUAAUUUUAGUGAAGUAGCUGUGAGCAGACUACUUGACCAUAAUGCAUCUCUCAAAUAUAUUCUAAAUGGAUACUUGUCAUCGAACGACAUCAUUGGGGAUGGUUUCUAUGAUCCUGGUCGGCCAAAACCAAAUGAGAAAAUCUUCACUCUUGAAGAAUUCAGUAAUCAAGACUUAAACCAGCACCGGCCAAUACUUUUAAUUAACGCAAAAAAAACAAACGAAAUCCAAAUGGCAAUAACAUCAGCUGAUGACAAAGUUGUUGAGGUUCUAGCAACUGCCAGUGGCCGCAAUGUUCCCAGCAGAUUGAGCAGUCGAGAUAAAUCAUCAAGUAAAGGAAGGAGUAGAGGAAAAAAAGAAGAAGAAAAAAUGAAAGAGGGAGAAAUGCUGCAACUCAAAGCUGAGGAGGAAGAGAAAAACAAACCCUGGGAAGCACCUUACGAUGUAACAUUUGAUUCUUACAUCGGUGAAAUCACAAGAAAUAUUUUACAACUUCCCAGCACACGAGAUCAAAUGGUAUCCCUUGCAUUUUUUGUUUCUGAUAAAAUGGGUGGACCUGUAGACUUAGAAAUGUUGCACGAUUUCCUUUGGGAGCUUCACAUUGCUGAACUGAAACACGAAUUAACAUCGAACAUUAUUCCUAUUGGGAAAAUUGAGAAAGGAAUCUACUAUCAUAGGGCACUUCUUUUCAAGGCUUUAGCAGAUAGAAUAGGAAUCAAUUGUAGUCUUGUUCGUGGAGAUUAUAACCGAGCCUGGAAUGAAGUCAUGUUAAUUGACCCCCCUUCCCAAGAUGGCAUUGAACAUCUAAUUCCGCCAAAGGCCUACAUAGUGGAUCUUAUGCACCAAGUUGGCCAUUUAUUGAUGGUUGACAGUGCUGAAGCAGCACACUAUAAAGUUUGCACCGGUUGUAAUCAUAGACAUUGUAAAUGUUGCAAGCAAAUAUCUUAUCGACGAGUACACAUCGAGGAAAACAAAUAAGUAGUUAAAUCUUUACAUUUAUGAUUGUUUUAAAAAUGUUAAAGUUGUUGCUGAUAAAUCAUAAAAUUCCAUGAUAAAAUAUGUAAUAAAUUACCCUUUCAGAUUUAUUUGGUUCUUAUUCUUAUCAUUUUCAUGUUAAUUCUUUAUCACUUUGUGUAGUUGACUUGUUUCUG